AGGUUGGGCACUUGGGCUACAACUUGCUUUCACCGCGUCCGCAUCAGAAACCAUCUUCUUUCCGGCGCCAAUUCCCCUUCCUUCUUUCCUUUAACUCUUCUCUCUCUCUCUCUCUCUCUCUCUCUCUCUCUCUCUCUCUCCGUUUCUCCCAUUUGAUCGUACACCACCUUCCCCCUCUUCUUCUUCUUCUUCUUCUUCCUCCUCCUCCUCCUCCUCCUCCUCCUCCUCUCCCUCUGCGAAGAAACCCUAAUCCACUGCGGAGUUCUUAGUCCGAGCACCCAUUCCCCUCUCCUCGUCGCCAUGGUGGCCGACCAUGGCUCCAAGACGGAGAUCUCCUUCGCCGGGAGGUUCGCGAGCAGCGCCAUCGCCGCGUGUUUCGCCGAGAUCUGCACCAUUCCACUAGAUACGGCAAAGGUGAGGCUUCAGCUUCAGAAGAGCGCGGCUACAAGCGAUGCGCUUUCCGCACCCAAGUAUAGGGGAUUGCUAGGCACUGUUGCAACGAUUGGCAGGGAAGAAGGUGUAACCGCCCUAUGGAAGGGCAUUGUGCCUGGCUUGCAUCGGCAAUGCCUUUUUGGAGGCCUCCGGAUCGGGUUAUAUGAGCCUGUCAAAUCAUUCUAUGUCGGUGAGAAUUUUGUUGGAGACGUCCCGUUGUCGAAGAAAAUUCUUGCUGGGCUUACAACUGGUGCUCUUGCGAUCACAAUCGCCAAUCCAACUGAUCUUGUGAAAGUGAGACUUCAGGCUGAGGGAAAGCUCCCGCCUGGUGUACCGAGGCGCUAUUCCGGAGCAAUUAAUGCCUACUCCACUAUAAUUAGACAGGAAGGGGUCGGUGCUCUAUGGACAGGGCUUGGACCUAAUAUUGCUCGUAAUGCUAUUAUCAAUGCUGCUGAAUUGGCUAGCUAUGAUCAAGUCAAAGAGACAAUUUUGAAAAUUCCUGGGUUCAAAGAUGAUAUUUUUACUCAUCUUCUAUCUGGUUUGGGUGCUGGUUUUUUUGCAGUUUGUGUCGGUUCUCCUGUCGAUGUGGUGAAGUCAAGAAUGAUGGGAGAUUCAUCUUAUAAGAGCACACUCGAUUGUUUCAUCAAGACACUGAAAAAUGAAGGUCCUUUAGCUUUUUAUAAGGGCUUUAUUCCAAAUUUUGGUCGGCUAGGAUCGUGGAAUGUGAUUAUGUUCUUGACUUUGGAGCAGGUUAAAAAGCUGUUUGAAAAGAAAGUGCCAAAUUGAUACAACCCUAUAUACUCGAGGAACUCAGGCAAUGAAUAAAUUCCUCAAUUAAAGUGAUUUUGUCAUUCUACUGGGGUAGAAGAGAAGAUUUCAUAGUUGCCCCAAUGAGUCACACUAAUAAUCGGGAGUGCAUCUCUCAGCUCAGAGUAUUCUGAUUAUCGCACAAGCCUUGAACUGUUUAAUUUGUCAUUCUCUCUUGAUAUAAAAAGCUGCUGCACUGGCCCUGCUAUUUUCUCUGCUGAUCAGGAAAGUGAAAAUUAUUCGAAAGUGAAAUAAUUCUUUUUGUCAC